CAAAGGUACCAAGUAGGAACUUACUUCCAAGUCCCAAGUCGCCAUCAUUUCUAAUUAUGGACUAGUUCACAUAUAUAUACACGAGUUGACCGAUCUAGCGAUUGUCGUCUUCUCGUACUAUUAGCCACAAAUCAUCGUAAUGGAACGGUGUAUAACUCAAACUCUUCAACAACACGACUUCUCUCCUUAUUGUCGGAACUGGAUCGGAACUGGGCCGAGACCCAAACCAAAAACAACCAAUCUGAUCAUCAUGGCCAAGAAAAAGCCCGUGAUCGAAGGCUUGAGUGACGAGCUCAAUAAGAUAGCUGCUCAGAACUUGGAUUUCGCGCCUGCUCGUCGGCUAGUUCGUUCUGCUUUUACUCAGAUUCAACAAAACCUCGAUCACUGCUUGUUUCAGAUGGCUCCACCUGGGAUCAGAACGGAAGAGUGGUAUGAGUUGAACUCAAAACAUCAAGAAAUUUUCUGUAAAAGUUGGUUGCCUAAGCCCGGUGUUCGGAUGAAAGCUGCUCUCUGUUUCUGUCAUGGAUAUGGUGAUACUUGCACGUUUUUCUUUGAAGGUAUUGCCAAGCAAAUUGCUGCUUCUGGAUAUGGUGUUUAUGCAAUCGAUCAUCCUGGUUUUGGUCUCUCAGAAGGAUUACAUGGUUACAUCUCCAGCUUUGACGAUAUAGUUGACAAUGUGAUUGAACAAUACACAAUAAUUAAAGGAAGGCCUGAAGUAAGAGACGUGCCUCGCUUUUUACUAGGCCAGUCCAUGGGAGGUGCAGUUGCUAUCAAGGUUCAUCUAAAGGAACCGCGUGAAUGGGAUGGCUUAGUACUUGUAGCUCCAAUGUGUAAGAUUGCAGAGGACAUGCGACCUCCAGAACCACUUGCCAAAGCCUUAACCAUGCUCUCCAGAGUUAUGCCGAAAGCUAAGUUAGUACCUCAGAAAGAUCUAGCUGAGCUGGCGAUCAGAGAUUCGAAGAAAAGGAAACAGGCUUCAUAUAAUGUAAUAUGUUACAAUGACCAGACGCGAUUAAAGACUGCUGUGGAGCUGCUAAAGGCAACAAAUUAUAUUGAAUCCCAACUCAAUAAGAUAUCUUUACCAAUGCUUAUUCUUCAUGGAGCUGCUGAUAAAGUGACAGAUCCAAUGGUGAGCCGAUUUCUUUAUGAGAAGGCUUCCAGCAAAGACAAAACUUUAAAGCUCUACGAAGAUGGAUAUCAUUGCAUUUUGGAAGGCGAACCUGAUGAAAUAAUUUUUACCGUAAUCAAUGACAUUAUCUCCUGGCUUGAUUCUCGGUGUACUGUUCACUAAGAAUUACAUUAGAACACUAAGAUUUACAUUGGAGCCGAUUAGGAAAUAAACACCUUUUACAUCAUUCAUAGACGAGUAUUCAUUUUAGGCUACAACUUUUUUUUUCUUUAUUAAACUAAAUAACUUCUUUCGGUUAAAGUUAAAGUCGCAGAGCUCUGAUAAUCUGAUAUCUGAAGGUUACUUUGCAUAA